AUGGGCAAUGGCGAAAAACUCCAUAGUGAUGUCUUGUUAGUUCGAAAGAAGGAUGGAUCCUGGAGGUUCAACGUGGACUAUCGGGCUCUUAACGCUAUCACUGUCAAAGAUCGGUUUCCAAUGCCAAUGGUAGAUGAGUUGCUCGAUAAACUGCAUGGUGCAAUCAUAUUUCAAAGUUGGAUUUGUGUAGUGGGUAUUUCUAAAUCCAAGUUCACCAGUCGGACAUUCCAAAUAACUGCUUUCAGAACUCACGAGGGUCACUAUGAAUUCCUUGUGAUGCCUUUCGGCCUUACUAAUGCACCAACUACAUUCCAAGCAACUAUGAAUUCAAUCUUCCACCUGUAUCUACAGAAGUUUGUGUUAUUCUUUAUAGAUGAUAUUCUGGUUUACAAUUUUUCGCUUACUGACCAUAUUCACCAUCUCACUAUUGUUUUGGAAACGCUUCGCCAACAUCAGCGUUAUGCGGAACUUUCAAAGUGUAGUUUUGGUCAGCGUCAAAUUGAAUAUAUGGGACACUUCGACUCUUCUGAAGGGGUUAGUGUGGAUCCUGCGAAGAUUCAAGCUGUGAUCAAUUGGCCCAUAUCGAGGUCGGUUCCCGAGGUUUGA